ACCCCAGACGGGAGCCCAAAGGUUCCAGAGGGGGUCCCCGCCGCCGGAGCGCCUAAAUUUCCCUUCUGGGGAUCCCGACUUGGAAACUGGAGGGUCUGUGGCGCCCUGUCCGCCUCCACACCUGGGUUUUCUGCUGGGAGACCUCCUCCUCAAAGGGGAGCUCAGAGGGUCCCGGACGCCCUCUCUGUCCCCGUGCUUAGGUUUCCCGUUGGGGAACCCCGAACAGGAACAUGGGGGAUCUGGGGCUCCGCGGCACCCCCAGCCCGCGCACAAACUUGGCGGGUCGGCGCACGUGGCGGGCUCGUCGCGGGGGUUCCGGUUCUGCCGUCGCCCAACUUCUCCCAUCCGGAAUUUUGGGCGGCGUCGCCCCCUUUCUCCUCUGUCCCCCAAAGUGCUAAGAACAAUGAAGGGUUGCAAACCAGAGAGCCCUCGGGCCAAGGUCACGGGGGACCGGUCUGCUCACCCCGCGUUGUCCACCAUUUCAGUGCGCCCGCUCCACCCGAUGGGGCGUCUGCAACUGUUUUUAUGUUGAUGGGAUCCCCUUCCCGCUCAGCCGCCACCUAAUCGUUACCCAGGGCUGUAUUUAAAAUAAAGAAAAAGGGAAACUCCGGUCGAUGGACAGAAAGCCUUACUCCCGAGGUCUCUCUCCUUGGCGUAGCUAUUAGAGAUUGGUUAUAGCUAAGUUUCCCCUUUAAUUAUAGCCUUGCCGAAUGCUGAACUAACCGGAGAUCCCAGAAGCGAUCCCAACAGAGCUAGAAAAGGCAGUUCUUUCAGGGGGAGGGCUUUGUUUUAGUUUUCCUUGCAGAGAUGGCUCCUACUGCACCAGCGUGAUUUUACCGUUAAAUUCUCUGAAGAUGGCAAAACAGACCCGGUUGCAUUUAUGUGGCUUUGUGUACAUUUCUCAGUGCCCUUAGCUUUGAACAGACAUGUGUUUAUAAAGUAAUUGAUUUGGUGAGUCAGUCAUUGUUUGCUGGUGGGAGGCUGGCCUCACCGGGCCCUGUCUGGCUCCAGUCACCGGUUGCACCUGUGUAGGUAAAAUGCAUUUUGUGGGCUCCCCUCCCCCAAAUCCCAUGCCUUUUAGAGGACCCGGAAGAAAGCACUUCCUUCCCAAGGCAUUCUGGGUUAGGCAAAUGAAAAGUUGCAGCACUUGUGAGGGAAACUGGGAGGCUAAGUCUGAAGGAGAGUUAGCACGCUUCCCACAUCCACACCCACAUGUGUCUUUGCAGAGCGCAGUCUUCUAAGGCCAGGAGGCAGGGGGGCCAGGAGGCAGGGGUCGUCUGGCCUGGGCUGCCCUCCGUUCUCACCAUGAGAGCAGAGAAGAAGGUUAGGGAAGGAAGGGAAUCUGGAGAACCAUGAGGCCUGCCCUUCAGGUAUGCUCACAAGGAGCCGGCCAGACAGGGAUACCUGGCAUUUCAUUCCAACAACUUGUCCCAAAUUUUGGAUCCCAGCCAGGACCCAAGCCCAGGUCUGGAGGGUCCAGACCCAUGGGCAAUUUGGGGAGGCCAGAGUGAAUAGCAGAACCAGGAUCGGGAUCAGGGACCCUGCCUGGCUAUCUUUUCCCUCCCUGGUGAAUCCAUGUAGAUCACCCGAGUUUUAAAGUUGUGAAUCACAGAUGUCACGGAAACCUUUUAUGGUUUUGCAAGUAAAAACCUGUUGCCAGAAAGUAUUGACAAGUUUCUAUUUUAUGUAGGAACCUUGUUUGCGUUGGAUGUGGAGUCCAGGGUCCACUUUGAUCACCUUGCUGUGUGUGGCUGUUUAGUUGGGCUCCCUUAUGAUGGGCCCCCUCUGGCAGUUUCCUGUGAGGGAACCAUGGUUGAGACUUUGGAGUGGUUGCUAUGUGGGAGGUGUGUUGUGCUCAGAUCCGAGUGAUGGCAGACAUUAUUACCAGGAGGUGGCAGGUCUGAAGGAUCUGUGGUGACAGGCACCCUCAGCUUUGCUUUGGUCUGUCAGCCCUGCCCAGGUAGCUCUUAGGAAGUGCUUGACAGGUGGGAGGGACCUCUCUCCUUUCCUUUUGGACUCAUGUGUGGAUACCAGUGCAGGCCUUAGGAAGUGUGUGGAUGCCGGGGUGCCAUGCUGUCCUGGUCUGCACUUCUGAGGUUGAGUCGUUAAAGGAAGAGCUGACUGUACCUGAGCUGGCUCAGAAAUCAGCGUGAAGUCUGAUGGGAGACUGGAAAUUGGGUGAGACCACUGGCUUAAGUCACUGUUUUCAGUGUCCUGAUUGUCACAGUCAGCUAGAGCACAGCGAGGGCCAGUUCUUGCGGGCAGAGAGACGAUGGGAGCAGUGGGUGUCAUGUGGUCACAUGUAGCCAAUGUGCAGAUGGGCAGAUGGCCGUCCUUCUGAGGCAGGUCCGGCAGGGUCAGGCACUCACCUUGGGGGGGGAGUGGGGCGGAAGGGUCUGCUAAGCAGACAGGGCUGAGUCCUCUUUCCCCUGCCAUGUCCUUGAAAAGUCAACUUAAAGAAAAGUCCCUUGAUUCAGAUUGUCUGCCGGGGCUGCCUGGCAUCUUGUUGGUGCUUCCAGGUGCUGGGGGAGGUCUCAUUCCCAUUCCAGAUGGAGAGAGGCAUCUAGGGGCACUUAGUUCUACGCACCUCUGGGUCAGCUGGCCUGUGUCAUGGAACUGGAAAGAAGUGGGGAAGAUUUUAUCUGGCAUGCGUGGUUCUAUGUGCGUCACCGGGGACUGGAAGCUCUUUGUGGGCGGCCUUGACUGGAGCACCACCCAAGAGACUCUACGCAGCUACUUCUCCCAGUAUGGAGAGGUCGUCGACUGCGUGAUUAUGAAAGAUAAGACGACCAACCAGUCUCGAGGCUUCGGCUUUGUCAAAUUUAAAGAUCCCAACUGUGUGGGCACAGUGCUGGCCAGCAGACCACACACACUGGACGGCCGAAAUAUCGACCCAAAGCCAUGCACACCUCGGGGGAUGCAGCCGGAGAGGACGCGGCCAAAGGAAGGCUGGAAAGGACCCAGGAGCGAUAACAGUAAAUCAAAUAAGAUAUUUGUCGGUGGAAUUCCUCACAAUUGUGGUGAGACAGAGCUCAGGGAAUACUUCAAGAAAUUCGGAGUGGUCACAGAAGUGGUCAUGAUCUACGAUGCAGAGAAGCAGAGGCCUCGAGGUUUUGGAUUUAUUACUUUCGAGGACGAACAAUCAGUGGACCAGGCUGUCAACAUGCAUUUUCACGACAUCAUGGGCAAAAAAGUUGAAGUUAAACGGGCCGAGCCUCGGGACAGCAAAAGCCAAGCACCCGGCCAGCCAGGGGCCAGCCAGUGGGGGAGCCGUGUCGUUCCUAGUGCUGCCAAUGGCUGGGCAGGCCAGCCCCCACCCACGUGGCAGCAAGGAUAUGGCCCGCAAGGAAUGUGGGUGCCAGCAGGACAGGCAAUUGGUGGCUACGGACCACCCCCUGCGGGAAGAGGAGCCCCACCACCGCCCCCGCCAUUCACAUCUUACAUCGUGUCCACCCCUCCUGGAGGGUUUCCCCCUCCACAGGGCUUUCCACAGGGCUACGGCGCACCCCCGCAGUUCAGUUUUGGCUAUGGGCCUCCUCCUCCACCGCCAGAUCAGUUUGCCCCUCCAGGAGUCCCCCCGCCACCGGCCACCCCAGGGGCAGCACCUCUGGCCUUCCCGCCGCCUCCAUCUCAGGCUGCCCCUGACAUGAGCAAGCCCCCGACGGCACAGCCAGACUUCCCCUAUAGUCAGUACGGUUAUGGACAGGACUUGUCCAGCUUUGGCCAGGGAUUCUCAGACCCCAGCCAGCAGCCCCCCUCCUACGGGGGCCCCUCAGUGCCGGGCUCGGGGGGGCCCCCUGCCGGCGGAAGUGGCUUUGGAAGAGGGCAGAACCACAACGUGCAAGGAUUCCACCCCUACCGACGCUAGCCGGCCAGCUCCAGACGCUAUAGCCGGCCAGCGCCAGGCGGACGGCGAGACAGCCAAGACCCAGGAUUCGAAACUUGUGAACUCGUGACAAUCACAAACUUGGCAGAAAAAUUCGCAAUUCAACCUUGGGGGGAGGGGCGGGCACGAGGCUUUUGGAGACGGCUGUGGGUGUCUGGACUGAAGUUUUUAAAUAUAUUUCUUUCUCUAACCCAUCAGCACAA